AUGUUCUUUUUCGGGAAACUAGUUAACGGCGGGGAUGUUGUAAACAUGGUUCCCGCCGAAACCCACUCCUCACCCCUUUUAUUCCUCAAGAACAAGCUCAGCUCCGCCACGUUCCUCGUUGAUACCAGUGCUUCUGUGUCAGUGUUCCCUCACCUUCCCCGAUCACCUUCAGCUCCAGGUUCUGGUGUUCAGUUGAGAACCGCGGACGGAUCCCCCAUGGACACUUAUGGUUCCCGCUGUUUAGCUCUACAGUUCGGUUCCAGACGUUUUGAGUGGAAUUUUUUGCUAGCCAACGUGUCCACGUUGAUUUUGGGAUCAGAUUUUCUACGCCACAAUCACCUUCUGGUUGACGUUGCAGGUUCUCGUCUCCUUGACUCCUCGACCCUAGAACCAAUACCCGCCGUUUCAUCUAAUUCAGUCAACAGCAAAUCAGGUCUCUAUGCUGCUCUCCUUUCUACCCCUGAAGAGUUCCCUGAUCUCCUGUCCGAAUAUCCUGAUGUCGUCUCCUCCAAAGGUUUUUUCACCACAGAUCCAAGGCAUCCAGUCCGCCACACCGUCCCCACAUCCCCUGGCCCGCCAGUUUUUGCCAAAGCCCGCCGUCUUGACACAGAAAAGCUGGAAUCCGCAAGGAAGGAGUUUGCGGCCAUGGAGUCUGCAGGGAUAAACGAUGCUCUUCCUCUCCGUGGGGGAGUCCCUUGCACAUGGUAA